AUGAGGGCAUUGCGGGUGGAGGGCUCACACCAGUCACUGCAGUUCUCGCGCCUCAGCUGGCAGCGCCUCACGAUCUGCCUGCUCGUCGAGGCCGUGGCGCUGGGUGCGCUCUCGCAGCCGGCCACCUUCUCGACGCUGGGCAUGGUCCCCGGCAUCAUCCUCACCGUCGGCAUCGGCAUGCUUGCCACGCAGGCGUCGCUCUAUCUCGGCGAGGUGUGCAUCCGCUUCCCGGGCACAGACCACUACGACAAGGUGGCCGAGCUGCUCGGCGGCCGCAUCGCGCGCGAGAUCUGCGCCGUGUGCUUCGUGCUGCAGCUGCUCCUUGUCGUCGGCUCGCACGUGCUGACGGGCACGGAGCUGCUCAACGCCCUCUCCGACAACGCCGUGUGCAGCGUGGCGUUCGGCGUCGUCUCGGCAGUCAUCCUCUACCUGCUGGCGAUCCCGCCGUCGUUCCACGACAUUGCCUGGCUCGGCUACAUCGACUUUGCAAGCAUCAUCGGCGCCAUCAUCGUCACGGGCGUCGGCGUCGGCAAGGAGGCGCGUGCGGCGCCGGGAGGCCUCGGCGGCGUGCAGUGGCGCCUCUGGCCGCGCCCCGAGACGACGUUCUACGAGGCCAUGCUGAGUGUGACGAACAUCAUCUUCGCCUACUCCUUUGCUGUGGCCCUCCCCUCCUUUAUGGGCGAGCUGGCCAAGCCGCACGACUACAAGAAGGCGCUCAUCAGCCUGGGCGCCAUUGAGAUCGUCAUCUACACCGUCACGGGCGCCGCGAUCUACGCGCUCAGCGGCGAUGCCGUGCAGUCGCCGGCGCUGCUUGGCGCUGGCUCGCUGCAGAAGGCCGCUUGGGGCGUAGCUAUCCCUGUGGUCUACAUCUCAGGUUCCAUCAACACGUCCGUCGCUGCGCGCUAUGCGCACCAGCGGGCGUUCAAGGGCACGCUGCACGCCGUGUUCAAGACGUCGCGCAGCUGGAUCGCCUGGCUGCUGAUCCUGCUCGCCAUGACCGCCUUUGCCUUCGUCAUUGCCGAGGUGAUCCCCUUCUUCAGCGCGCUGCUCGGCAUCACCUCGUCGCUCUUCGUGAGCUUCUUCAGCUUCACGCUACCCGGCUGCUGCUGGUUCCUGCUGCGCAAGCGCGACGGCGGCAGCAUGCUCCGUGGCACCAACGCCGUGCACCUCGUCGUUGCCGUGUCGAUCAUCGUGAUCGGCCUCUUUACGCUCGGCGCCGGCACGUACGCGGCCGUGGAGAGCAUUCGCGAGGAGUGUGAGUGCGCCUCGCUAGCGCCAGUGGACUGA